GUCUGUGCGGUGAGCAGCGCGAGCGGCUCAGCUGUUUGAACCUCAGACAGUCUGAUCCCGGGUCCGUGUCUGGGUCUGAACCAGAACUGAGUUGUGUUUUUCUGCUUUUAACGGAUGUCAGAGUGUGAGUCAGGGACACAAAUGUUUUUAUUUACUUUUAUUUCUUUAACUUUUCUCCUCAUGUCAUAGCGUCUGUGUCCUGUGUUGUUUUUGUCCCUCAUUGACACUCAGGAAUGUGAGUGUCAGUGUCAGUGACAGUCAGACCCGGUAUAUUCACGGUAUAUCUCGUUGAACGGCACAGAGGAGCGGUCCGUCUGUGCAUCACCUGCCCGGUCCCGGCGAUGGUGUUCGGAGUGGAGCGGAGCCCACAAACUGGGGAAAACAUGCCGGGUAUGAGAGGACUUAUUCUCCUUGGUGUUUGUCUGACCCUCCACACAUGCCGGGCCAUCCCGAACCAGCUGCCCGACCUCGGCACAGACCCGCACGGGUUUCCCUCCCUCACCGACCCGCUGCUGGAGUACGACCAGCUGGACGAGGAGUUGGGAGGCGGAGGGAGACGGAAUUGGACCGGCGGGGAGGAAGGAUGUAGGCCGUGUGAGCUGGACCUCUGCCCGGAGACCCGCGGCUGUCGGGCUGGUCUGGUGCUGGACACAUGCGGCUGCUGUCAGGAGUGCGGAAACCUGGAGGGCCAGGCCUGUGACUUGGGAGACCGGGGCUUCUUUUACGGGCUCUGCGGGACCGGGCUGCGAUGUCAGACGGACCCGCGGCCCUCAGGUGGAGGUGGAGGAGGAGAGGAGGAUGAAGAGGAGGAGGACGAGGUGGUGUGUGUGUGUGAGGAGCAGGAGCCUGUGUGUGGAGGUGAUGGAACCACAUACAUGAACAUGUGUCAGUUCAGAGAGACUGCGUUCUUCAAACCUGAACUCAAGAUCAGAGGGAAGGGACCUUGUAAAACAGUCCCCAUCAUUAAGGUCCCUCCUCAGAGUCAGGUGAAUGGGACAGGAAGUAGCCUGGUGUUCCUCUGCGAGGUCUUUGCUUUUCCCAUGGCGCUGGUGGAGUGGAGGAAGGAGGGACAAGACGUCAUCCUGCCUGGGGAUGACCCCCACAUCUCUGUCCAGUCUAGGGGCGGGCCUCUGAAAUUUGAGCUCUCCAGUUGGCUGCAGAUUGAGGGGGCGGAGCCAGGAGAUGCUGGGACAUACCGCUGCAUUGCUCGUAACAACCUGGGAUCUGUCUCCGCCUCUGCUGUACUGGGAGUACUGGGAGCAGACGAACUCUCGUCCUACCUGGCUAACAGAGUUUCAGUGAUGGAGCAGCUGAUGGAUGCCACAGACUAUGACCAUGACUCCUACUGAGACACAUGUGACAUCAUGACAUCAUGACAUCACUUCUUGCCGUGUGGGGCUCGACUUGGUCGACUUGGUUUGUCUGCCAUCACAAAAUAGACAAGAAUUACAUCACACUCAAGUGAUGGACGACACAGACUCUAAUGAAACAGAGAGAGAAUUCUGCUUCAGCUCACUUUGUUUUCAGUGAGUGACUAAUAAUAUUAAAUAUUCAUAAUAUUUGUAUCCGUCUGUAUCAUCACUCUAAAAGUGACAGGAGGCUCAGCUUGUUUGGUUCUCCUGAAUUACAAACUUUAUAUAUUUUAAAAUAAAGGUGAAAAAACAAACUGCUGUUUCCUCUCGCUUUAUUGAUGACAGAAUUAAGAUGAGGUCACAGUGAACACACUCUGUGCCUUCUUGGUUUUUACAAACAUGUCUGUGGACUUGUGUUCACGUUAGGGUCAGUGAAUGUGGAAAAACUAGCACGAGCAGCACUUUAGUCUACCAUGUCAACUGCUGCCUUGUUUAGUACGUUUGUGUCACUGAGGGCAGCCUGUGGCCAAGUGGAAAGGGAACUUGGCUUGUAACCAGACGGUCACCGGUUCAAGUCCCCACCAGGCCAAAAGGGCUGGGGUACCCCUGAGCAAGGUACCCAACCCCCAUUGCUCCCCGGGCGCUACUCAGUGUGGCAGCCCACUGCUCCUAAUUCUAGGAUGGGUCAAAAUGCAGAGAAUAAUUUCCCUAAGGGGAUUAAUAAAGUAUCUAAAAAAAAAAGGUCAUUUUCAAA